AUGGGGUCAAAAAUAAUUGCAUUGAUUGUAUGUCUACCAUUGAUAUUAUUAUUUAUUGCAUUGGGACUGGCAGCUUUCUAUUGUCUACGUUCAAGAAGACGUACUAAGCAACGUACUACAUCAACUCCGGUGAGAAAUCAUUUACCUAGAUCUCAGCCAACUUCAACUUCAAAUUUUACUAAUAUUCCUGCACAAGUCCCAUACCCAACCGGUUCAUCGCAAAAUCCAUAUCCGAUGAGUUCGUCUCAGGCUCCAUAUCCAAUGAGCUCAUCACAAGAUGGAAUGCCAACAGGAGCAGCAGUGCUAUCAAAAUCCCUAGAUAAAGAAAUAAAGUAUAUACAUAGUAACUGA